AAAUGAUACCCCGCGAGAGAGUUUCUACCAGUGAUACAUUAAAACCAUUUCUGAGAGCAUUCAAGGCGAUUUGUUAUGUACUGCUGUUUUGCAUUGUCCUUGGUUCGGCAGUUGCAGCCAAAACAUCAGUUCUUAUCAUGACUUCUAGCAUUGUAAAGGAUGAAAAUGCCAGGGAUGUUAACAGCUCACCAACCAAUACGAUGUUGAUUAUCUGCAUAUGUUUUCCGUAUGCUUUGUGGAUACUAACGUAUACAGCCAGAUCUUUAUUUGGAAGCAGUGCCUGGCCUUCUUUUAAAACUACAACCGUGACAUUGUUCAUUGAACUCCUACACAGCUUUGGAUUGUGCUUACUAGUGUUUCACAUUCUUCCUAAAAUGGACAUGGCCAGAAGUCUAAUACCCUUAAGUGGAAUAUUUGUGAUUCCAGCACUUCUCAAAACACUAUUCGUUAUCUCUGACAAAUCUCUACCAGGAAUAAAGCGACUGACGCUUACAACUGUGCAUGGAAUAGCCUUCCUUAUUCAGUUUUGCAAUUUAGGUGCUACAUCAAUGUUUACUAUUCCGCUUACAGAUAAUGAGAAACAAGACAUGGUUAACUCUGUGAUUGAUAAUGAUGACGUCAUCAAUGUCAUUGAAAGACCAAAACCUAUUCUUACAAAUAGAAUAAUGUGGGAACUUCCGGUUUCUUUGGUAUUUAUUUCUUUGUCUUAUUGGGAAAACUAUGCAGACGGAGAUAUCUACAUUUGUUCUUUUAAGAUACCCCUUCUUGAAUGGAAGAAGAAUUUGCUUGUGGUGAAACAAAGAUUAUACAUAUUAACUGGUUUAUGGAAAAUUGGUUGGACCAUGAUCUUUGCCAUCUUGCUGAUUCCUGGGUUUAACUUUAGCAUCUCGUUUUCUGAUUCGGAUUCCAGUAAUUCGUCCAUGAAAGGCAUUUCUAACGGCAAUGAUUUCAAAGUACCCUUUGAAACUACCACGAAAUCUUUGUCUUCGAUAGGAAAUGACGUUACUACUAUUGCACCAAAUGUCCGAGGAAAGAGAUCUCUACUUCAAAUCAAUCUGACCAGGGUCAUAAAAGACCGUGGAAUUGAAUCUGUUUUGCACUUAAAUGAAAACAUGCUUACUCGCAACGUAGUCAUCCCUAAAAGAGAUAUGGAUCAAGACACGGGCGUAAAACAAAACUCAACUUUCAAUUCUUACAUUCCCGAGGUUAUACAGUUAAACCUACAAAAAUAUGGAGUUUUAUAUUUGCAUUUAAUUUCAACUACUCUUAUGUCGUAUUUUGGAGGUCUUGCGUGCAAAUUAUGCAUGCAACUAUUUGGGUUCACCUUGCCCAUCAUCCUGGCAACCCCUAUAACAUUUGGACUUGUACUUGUGCAACAGUUCACUGAGUACUUACCCUCCUAUGUCUAUGUUUUGGUUUGCCCUGAAUCGGAUGGAGAUCUACGGAAAUUUCAUCUUCUUUGGCUUGGAGUUCUUUGGAUUUCACAGCUAAUCACAACGGCGCAUAUCUGGUCGCCUCGAAACGGAAGAAUGGCUAAAAUUGAAAGACUCUUUGUAACACCAUUGAGAUGUGGAAUAUUAACGGACACUUCCCUUGCUCUUCGUCGACGACUUAACGACAGAGACACCUCUUUGUUCAAUGCUGAUGAAGACUGGUCUUUUAUUUAUGACGACGAUGAGAUCCACAAAGCAGAUGAUGUUGUUCCACAGAUUUAUGCUUGUGCGACAAUGUGGCAUGAGACUAGGAACGAAAUGAUUCAACUUCUGAAGUCUCUGUUCCGUAUAGAUGUUGAUCACAGUGGUAGAUACCUAGCUCAGAAAUUCUAUGGCAUAAGAGAUCCAGACUAUUACGAAUUCGAAGCCCACAUUUUCUUUGAUGAUGCAAUGGAUUUAUCUGAGGGUGACACUUCGAUACCAAAUGCUUUCGUUGUCGAAUUCAUGGAUUGUAUUGACGAUGCAUUGAGCUCUGUUCAUGAGAGGCAGUUACAACUUGGUCCACCCAUGCGAACAGCAACGCCAUACGGAGCAAGACUAACGUGGCUCUUGCCUGGUGCAACAAAACUUGUGGUUCAUUUAAAGGAUAGACAACGGGUUCGACACAAGAAACGGUGGUCUCAAGUAAUGUACAUGUACUAUCUUCUUGGUUAUCGGAUCCUUGCGCAGCCUGAAAAUUUACUUCAUAGAGAUUUUUGCGAUCGAAGUUUUGGUUCUUCAUCUGAGGAUGCUAAUCAGAGAGUACGGCUUACAAACUCACAACUGCGACAUCGAAGACAGGCUUCACAUUUCACCAGAAGCGUCAUCUUUAACUACACAACAGAGGAAGUUCACACACAGGCUGAGAACACUUUUAUAUUGACACUUGAUGGUGACGUCGACUUUAAACCGGAUGCAGUGCGUCUGUUGGUCGAUCGCUUAAAAAAGAACAAAAAGGUUGGAGCUGCAUGUGGUCGAAUUCACCCAGUCGGUUCAGGCCCAAUUAUCUGGUAUCAGGAGUUUGAAUAUGCCAUUGGUCACUGGCUUCAAAAAGCAACAGAGCAUGUCUUUGGCUGCGUUCUCUGUGCUCCAGGAUGUUUCAGUCUGUUUCGAGGAUCGGCACUUAUGGACGACAAUGUCGCUAGGUGCUAUGCUAUUAGAGCAAGUGAAGCAGGUCAUUAUGUUCAAUACGACCAAGGAGAAGACAGAUGGCUUAGUACACUUCUCCUACAACAAGGAUAUAGAAUCGAUUAUUGUGCCGCUGCAGAUGCCCUAACACACGCACCAGAAACUUUCUCUGAGUUCUUCAAUCAGCGCCGAAGAUGGGGUCCCUCUACCUUGGCCAAUUUAGUCGAUCUUUUAGGAGACUGGAAAAACACUGUACGUCUCAAUGACAACAUAAGUACACCCUAUAUAUUAUACCAAUUCUUCCUUCUGGUGUCCACAAUUUUAGGCCCAGCCACAGUACUCCUUAUGAUGGCAGGAGCAUUCACUGUUGUCUUUAAAACAACGAUUAUAGAGUCCUAUGCUAUAGCCCUGACGCCAGCAAUUGCUCUCAUCAUCGUGUGCCUGUAUGCAAAACCAAGUACUCAAAUUAUAUUUGCCACGAUUGCCAGUGCAAGUUAUGCCAUAGUGAUGACCAUCGUUUUAGUAGGUACAGUUGGAACAGCUAUAGAGGGAGGACUAACAAGUCCAAAUGUUGUUUUUCUAUCAAUACUUAAGUUUACCGAAAAGUACAAAAUACAGGAAGUCAUUGCUAAGGCAAUGGAACUGCAGAGAGUAAGUAAUAUCGAAAACGAACCUGAGCCCGAUUAUGAUGAUCCUCUUCCAGACUAUGAGGAGGACGAUAUAGAUGACGACGACGAAGCAAUAUCAACUUUGUACACAAGCUCUUGUUCCUCCAUGUCCACAGCAUGUGAGAAUCUCGGAUCUAACUUUCAUGACGCUCGUCAGAAGAGAAUGUCCCUUCGCCGAAAAAACAGCGCAGUGUUCAAUCGACGUGGAUUGACAACUGGUAGAACACUGAGGAGAGCAUUCGAACGUCGAUACAGAAAUCAGCUGCGGUGUGAUCGUAGUGGGGAUCAACAUAGUGAUUCUGGGUUUAAUUUUAAGGAUAGUGAAAAGAAUGAUGGGUUUCUAAGUGUUUAAAAAUGCAACAGUAAAA